AUGAAGAGAUCCACCAAGUCACCUCUUUCCCACAACAAUAUCAACACCAAGAAUUUGCAAAUAGGGGUUCAAGAAAGAGACCCCAUGGCGAGUUUAAAUAAGACGGAUGUGGUGUUGCCGCUAGCAAAGGUGGUGGUGCCGGUGACAAAGGCAGUGGAGGAGAAGAACAAGCCACCAAAAGCAGCGGACAUAGAUCAGAGUGCGGAGGAGUUCAUCAUGAAAUUUAGAAACCAAUUAAAGAUUCAGAGGAUGGAGUCCAUUGAUAAUUAUAAUAAAAUGUUAGCCCGGGGAACUUGA